AUGGCCAAAACCAAAGGAGGAGCAGGCUCCGGAAGCAACCAACCGCCGAAGAAGAAAGGCGCCAAACUCCCACCUCCAAAGCGUACCACAAGGCGGACCGCUUCGGAGGAGGCCUCCACUAAAAUCACCGAAGACCCUUUGCUGGAGAUCCAGCCCGAGGACAAAGGGCGUGCCGAAGUCCUCCAACAAGAGGAACGAGAAGUAGCAAGAGCAGCCGCCGAGUCGACGCAACCGGAAGAGGGAGAGCCCGAGCUCACCCCUCCUGCGAAGAAAUCAAAGAAGGCUCAGGCGAGCAAAGCAACUCUGGCGCGACCCACUGUCGCACCACCACCUAUUCAAGCUCAACCGCAACCACAAUUUCCAGAAACCUCCAUGCAGGAGGGGAAAACAGCUUCCGAGGAAACGGAAGCGGAGGAGGAGAAGGGCGAAGAAGAGAAGGUGGACGAGGAAGAGGAUGAUGAAGCAGAGGAAGGUGAGGGCGUUCAGGAGAGGGAAGUAGAAAUCUCGACACCCCAGAGCAAGAGACCCAGAGUAAAAAGAAAGCUAGAUGUUGCCAAACCCCCACUACCAGUUAAGGCCAAACCGGCACCGGCAGGCAGUAAGACCCGAACAAAAGCUGAGCAGAGUAGGAAACCAAGGAAACCCACUGCAGCCGAAAAAGGGAAGGCCAAGGAGAUGGAGGAGCCGAUGGAAGUAGACCCAGAGAGAACCGAGACGGUGGAAAGCUCCAACUCGGAGGAUGUGGUCGCCCCUGCUAAGCCGGUGACGAGCACAAUCACCUCAAAACCUAUGGGCGUCAAGCGCAGGGAGUGGUACGACCCAACACUAUGGAGACGGCCAUACCGAGGGACAGUCAGAGGUAUGCCGUUUUACAGAAUCGGGAGAUAA